AUUUAAACGAAGAAGAGAGUUUCCGGAAAUUGUACCAACAUGGCGGAGUGUGAAACAAGUGACAGUGAAAGACCAAACUCGCAUUCAGAUGCCGAAGCUCCCAAAUUAUCGGACUUAUUCGACCGUGGCUGGAAGAUGUUUGACGAGGUAGACAAUACAAAUGAUCCUCUUGCUUCAAACAGUGUUCAGGUCCGAGUUAAACGUGCGAUCAGUAUGCUAGAAGAAACAUCCCGAAUGGCUGCUCAGUUGGACUUGUUUAGUCCCAAUGAAGAGUUGGAGGAGAUUGCCACAGUGGACCUCAAAUAUCUGCUGUGCCCCGCACUCUUAGGCGCCCUGACCAUGAAGGUGACAGGUCGAGACAAACGAUUGGAGAUUGUCCAAACAGCUCGGGCUUACUUCUUGGAUUUCUUGAAGAGAUGUCAAGACUAUAACAUAUCCCAGUUUCAUCUGCCGCAGUCUACGACUGACAGCACAGUUCCCGACGAAGCAGCAGAGAAUGCACCCUCCACCUGCAUGGCGAUGCCAAGUACAUCAAACUUGGUUGCCAUGGCGGCACAAAGACAAGCCAAAAUUGAGCGAUACAGUCAGAAGAAGGAGCUGGAGGCCAGACUGUCAGAUGUGCGGAGAUCUGUGGAGAGUGGACAGGCUGAUGAUGAAACCAGCAGAGAUUUUUACUUGCUCAAUGUCCGGAAAUGGGUGAUUCUGUGCCUGGAUGAAGUCCAGAGCAUAGACCAGGAGAUGGAAAUACUGAAGAGUAUGGAUCAAAUGCAGCUUGGUGCCGCACAGCCUGCUAGACCGAGCAGGCCACCCAUGAAACCGUUCAUCCUCACCAAGGAUGCUAUGCAGGCUCAGGUGUUUGGGGCCGGCUAUCCUAGCCUUCCCACCAUGACAGUGGAUGACUGGUAUGAUCAGCACAAGAAACAUGGAGUCUUGCCUGAUCAGGGGGUUCCCAGAAGGGUUGCAGUGGAGGAAGACACCGAUGCUAAGGAGCGUGAAGAAGAAGAAAAGGAGAAACAGGCUGAAAACGAUGAUGAAGACGCUUUGAUGAAGGCCAGGAAAUGGGAUGACUGGAAGGACGAUCAUCGCAGAGGUUAUGGCAACCGCCAAAACAUGGGUUAACUGGUCCCAACACCAGUUGCCCAAACAUGCCUUGUUCUGUGGACAUGCUUCAGAAACUCUUCGAAAAACUGUUGUAUUAAAAGAGGUGGCCACGUCAGUACGUCAGACAUCAUUCUGUCGUUAUUUCAGUCCAUCCGGAGCAGCGACAUCCAAGCAACUUCAAGAAUGCACUUACUACAUCACAUGAACCCGCACGCGAAGAAAAAAAAAACAGGCACAUACACACACUCGCACUCAGUGCGACAUCAUGGGACAAUAUUAUUGCAGUAAGUGGGACUGAAAGGGUAUAUAACACUGUUUGUUUGUUAGUUUUUUUUUUUAAACUCGAGACUGUGCUUCGCCUGCAUGCAAAGUACAUUCUCAACGCCGAUUGGCUGUCGCCGAUGGACUGGGCUGGCCUGGAAUAAUGAUAGAAGGAUGACUGACAGAUGACGUGCCCACAUCUGGCUAUUUAUAGGUCACCAAAACCUAUUGUGUACCUUGUUUUUUGAACUGAUUGGUCGAUGUGCCGUUGAUUUAUUCAUGUUACAAUUUCCAUUUUUAGUCCUCUUGAAAGGUCUUAUGUUAAAUUAUUGGUAUGCCUUCAACUGUUUCCUUUUUGUCAUCACGAAAUGGAUUCCAUUGCAAUUGCAUGCAAUAGUCCUGCCACAAAGAUCAAACCCAUCAAUAAAACAGAGAAACAGUCAGCUGGACAUGACACUCUAUCAUCACAUUGAAACAUUAGGAUUGUGUGGGGGCAAACUCCAGAAUACCUCAAAUGAGGCACUUUCAAUUAUGUGAGAAGACAAUUUGUCCAAAACAUUAAGAAAUGCUUUUGUUUUCAUUUAACUCAAAUCACUCUUAAAUUAAAUUGUCACACUUUGGAAAAAGCAACGAAAUGAGCAGAAAUACAGUAAAGUCAAUGUAUCAUGUACUUGAAUGGCUCUUGUAUGCAACAUUGAUUUGAUAAAAAUUGUGACGUGUACAAAAAAAUGUGAUCUCAUUCACAGUAAAGUCAUACAAAAGAUUAA